GGUUAAAACUAUUCAAUGACAAGUGUUCUUUUUCCAGGACGUGAAAUCAAGAAAGCAAACUGGACAAUAUGGCGGCCGAACGUUACGAGCUCAAUAUGAGCAUGAAGUGUGUGAAGUACAUGAUCUUUACCAUCAGUGUUACGUUUGCUGUAGUGGCCGCCAUGCUCCUCUCGAUGGCCGUAGCCAUCGGAAAUCUUUUCGAUGACUUCCGAAGCUUCAUCGAUUCCCACUUUUACGUGCCACCGAACCUGCUCAUCGCCAUCGGUGUCAUCCUGCUGGUCAUCGCGCUGUUCGGUUGUGUCGGUGCGCUCAAGGAAAGCACGGCCAUGAUCAAUGUGUACGCGAUCCUGCUGUUGAUCGUGUUUGUGCUGCAAGUAUCUGCAGCCAUCGCGGCGUUCGUGAUGCGGGGCCAGGUGAGCAACAUGGUUCGCCAGAAGAUUUUCGAUUCGAUGGCCGAAUACCAGGAGAACCCGGGAUCGUACCGCAAUUCCAUCGACAUGCUGCAGAAUACCCUCGAGUGCUGCGGUGUCGAUAGCUACACCGACUGGGACCAGUUCCUGCCGUCCAACUCAACGAUGAUGGAAUACCCGGAAACGUGCUGCGCGGAGCCACCGAUGGGCGGCGAGUGUAUGCCCCGUGCCUACGGUUGCUACUCGCGGCUUUCGUGGCUGAUCUCGCAAGGUUCGAUCCUGAUUGCCACCGGAGCCGUGGCGGUGGCGUUCGUGCAGAUUCUCGGUUCGGUGUGCGCCUUCAUGCUGGCCCGUGCGAUUCGACGCACCAAGACGCUGCGGGCAACCCGGCGCUGGCACCUUCAGCAGAGCCUGGGCAUCAUGACGAAAACCCCCGUCGACCCGAUGUACACCGGAAUGGAAAAGUCGGAAGCGAACGUCGAUCCGGACAAGUAUCUACCCACCAGUCCCAGUGUCAACUAAACUAAAUGGAUUCAGGAGAGUUGGGCUAGUUGCCGGGGGCGUAGCUGUACGUUGAUAUCCCUGUCCCGAGCGACCGAACAAUGUACUAUUCCUUAUUUUAUGUUCAAUAAAUGUGAUGAUAAA